AUGAGAACUUUUUUUAUUAUGUAUACAUUUUUUAAAUCGUGUAACAGGAGAAAAUUCGCGUUCCUAUAUUGUCAUUUCAGGGGGAAAAAUUUUAAUUCCCUUUAUUUAAAAAAUUUUUUUUUUAUUUCAUUUAAUUUAUAUUUUGCAAAAAAAUAUUUAUUUUCAAAAAAAAACCUAAUUUCUUAUUUGGAAGAAAAGGGAGCAGAUGCCUAUUUGGAAAAAAAAUACAAACCUGAUAAGCCCUACGUUAAAACAGACAGUGGAAUAUUGUACAAAGAUAUCAUAGAAGGCGAAGGUGACACUGUAGAAGAGGGAGACACGGUAUAUAUUCACUACCAAGGAAAAACGACAAAUGAUUUUCGCAUAAUUCAUUCAACUUUCAAUAGCAUAAUUCCACCUAAAAUAAAAGCUGGGGAAUACGAUCAAAAGCACAUAAAGGCUAUAUAUGAGAUUGUCAUUGGGAUGAAAAAACACACAAGAAGACAGUGCAUCAUUCCUCCACAUUUGGCAUAUCCCAAUCAUUUUCCAAGCCAGCCGCUCAUUUACGAAAUUGACGUAGUAAAAGUUUUAAAAAAAGGUUCUGAUGACAAGUCAUUUUUCGAAACAGUUGAAGAAACAAUAAAACAGAUAAGGGGUGCCAUAUCUUCAUUCUUCUAA